AUGUUGCUAUGUCCUGUGCUGCUCGGAGCCACUCUGCUCAUCCUGGCCCCCAUGGAGACCCCUGAGGCUCGCGCUCUUCAUCCUUCUGAUAACGCUCAGUUAAUGGAGGAGCUCCUGGAUCGCUAUAAUGACCUGCUGACCAUGGACGACCUGGAGAACCUUCUGAACAGCCCGGCGGAGGAGCAAUCCACCUUGUCCUCCGGGGCCAAAGUAUCAGAGUUUCCCGCUAAGUGGGCUGACGUUCAGCCAGAGACGCCUUGGCUCCGCCUCCUCCGUGGGGCCUUGGCUAAUCAGAAACCGGCGGAGGCGGAGCGUUCAAGGAGGGGGUGGAACCGAGGUUGCUUCGGGCUAAAAUUGGACCGGAUCGGGUCCAUGAGCGGGCUGGGAUGUUAG